GCAGCACGGAUGUGAUGUAGCAAACGCUUACACUUAUCGGAAGUUACAACUGUUUAAGCAGUUUGAUUUAUCUUCUGAGACAAUCAUAUUAUAAGAGGAACAUUUAAACUAUCAACUAUCUAUUGACGCGUUUUCUAAUGGCAUAUCCAGGAUACGGUGGGUAUGGAGCCCCAAUGCCGGGAAUGCCUGCUCAGGGGAUGCCAGGUGGCCCCAUGGGUGGGCCUCCAAUGGGGGGUCCUAUGGGUGGGCAUAUGGGAGGCCCCAUGCCUGGGCAAAUGGGUGGACCUAUGGGCACACCAAUGGGAGGCAUGCCUCCCCAGGGAGGAUAUGCCCCGUAUGGAGGAUUCCCAGGAUAUGGUGCUGCUCCAGCUGCCAAUGAUCCCAUGUGGGGGUACUUCACAUCCAUAGCGGGCCAGGAUGGUGAGGUGGAUGCAGAGGAGCUCCAGAGGUGUCUGACUCAAGCCAACUUCACAGGAAGUUACUCUCCCUUUAGUUUGGAGACCUGUCGGAUCAUGAUUGCCAUGCUGGACAGAGACUUCACAGGUAAAAUGGGCUUCAGUGAGUUCAAAGAGCUGCUGGUGGCCAUGAACGGCUGGAAGCAGAACUUUAUUAUGUUUGACCGGGACCGCAGUGGGACUGUGGAGCCUCAUGAGAUGUCCCAGGCCAUUACCACUAUGGGGUACCGCCUCAGUCCUCAGGCUUUGAACAUCAUCUUGCAACGCUACAGUAAAAAUGGUCGGAUUUUUUUUGACGACUAUGUGGCGUGUUGUGUGAAACUGCGCUCACUUACAGAGAACUUCAGGCAGAGGGACCGGAUGCAGCAGGGAGCCGUUACCUUCCAAUAUGAUGAUUUUAUCCUGUGCACAAUGGCUGUCUGAUUAUUGUUGGAUUGUGGACAGCUGACUGCAGGAUUGUAAAGGGAGGCCAGUAUUUGUGACUGAGACCACAGACUCCGACAGGUCUACGUAAACCGCUUGCUGCAAUGCUUUAGUUUUCACACAAAUACAGGAAGGGCUUUUUCUAGACUUUAGUGCUGAUGCUAUCUAUUGAAAUCUUUUUAAUUUGAUUGGGAAUGACAUUACAAUUAACAUAUUUAGACUGAUUAUUGACAAAAUUGAACUUAAGACUACUGUUUGUAAAAGAUGCUCUGAUUUCCUGUACACCUAUUGUGCCAUUAACAUCUUUGUAUGCGUGGCCAUAAAGUGUAAUAAACGGAUAUAUAUUAUACUUAACAAAAGCUUUAUACGGUGAGCACUCCUUAGAUUUCUAAUGUAGCGUUACUGAAAUGUACAGUGAGAUGUUAAAAAAUAUAUGUGCCUUUUCCACUUGCAUUUGUUUGCUCUGUGCCUAACCUUAUAUUAGCUCCAUGUACGAAACAAUGUGACAAUAUAGUAGGGGUGACUGUAUAUGCAUGAACAGAAUACAGAUUUUGCACUGUAUAUGUAUCUUUUGUUAUUCACAAUAAACACUGUGCCAGUA